AUGCAAGCUACAGUAGAUCCUCAAUCCUCUCCUUCCUCUGUCAGGGUUUCUACUGCUUUAUCUAUCUCUGCUCAGAACAAUACUCCUUCUCCAGAUGCUGUUUUGGUUGAUCCUAGGCCUUUAGAAAAGGAGAAAUCUGCAUUGAUGGAAUUUGAAACUGUUGAGCGUACCCAUCAAACAACUCAGCUGGAGAAGAAACCCACUGGCCCUGCCAAAACAUGGAAAAGAAUGGGGAAUAAGUCUGGUCGAUUGCUAAGGGAACCUGUCAUACCCAUUGUGAUAGACAAUGUCUCGGGCCUGAAGAGAACCUCUGCAGAAUGUGAGCUUCCAUCCUCAUCCAAAGAUGCCAAACUUCUGAAGCCAGACACAAUACACAAACCUCAAGAAGAUUCUGAAAAGGUGGGGGUUGCCAGCCUAGAAUGGCACCCAAGUGGUCAAUGCUAG